AUGGGGAUGCUGUCAGCAGCCGAUUGUGAAAUUGAUAUUGGGUGCUACGAGCAUCCGGAGGAAUUUUUGGAGCAGUUGAUGCGCUUGCAACGCCUGCCGGUGAUUCAGCCUUCAAUGAGGAUUACCGCUGAGAGUCACUGGGAAAGCAUCAAGGUCAUAGGCCAUGGCUCAUUGAACGCUGCUGGAUGCCCCAAUGUCGUCAAAGUUCAUGACUGGUUAAACUUGGGCACGCGACCAGCUCUCUCUCGUGAGAGCGACAGCGACAGCGACAGCGAGGAACAACGCUUAGAAUAUUAUUUCCGCAUCCUGUACGAUUACUAUCCGGGAGGCAGCAUCGAUGCUCUUUUCGAUGACUAUUUCCAGAAUGAAAUUUUGCUACCAGAAGCUUUUUUGUGGCACCUUUUUCAUUGUAUGAUGACUGCGGUGUUGUACUGUACGAAUGGGCAUGCAAAGCCGUAUAUCAAGCCCGGAUGGGAGGAGAUUGUGCACAAAGAUGUUAAGCCAAGCAAUAGUCUGGCUUAUACUUUGCCCAACGACGAUGUGCGAGAGUAUAAGAAAAGUUUCUGCAUGGAGGGAACCGGGGAGUAUACUCCUCCGGUAAGACACAUCCAUCUGAAACCCCUGUUAGUGGCUAGAUUAUAUUUAUGCUCACAGGGAACGAUGCAGGAGGCACGAGAUAUCUAUGCACCGUGGGAAAUAAGCUCUAAAAUUGACGUCUAUGCCUUAUCACACACCAUCCAAAACGCAUCCAAAAAGGUCUACCAAGUUUACACUGGCCUCGAACAUCAGCUGAUCAUCGAGCGCUCUGACGCAGACCACUACCUGCCAUACUCUGUUACUCUUCACGAGCUCUGCGAGCGGUGUCACAGCUCGGAUCCCGAAGACAGGCCCGACGUCUAUAAAUUGUGGGAGGUCACGAGUCAUAUGGCUAGAGAAUGGAAGCGUGUUGUUCUGAACAAUCGACGAGAUGCCGAAGUAGCAGGGGAGAGAUUCUAUGAAGGCAUGGUUCUGUUCGAUAAGAACCUGCGGAACCAAGUUUUCGCCGACCAAGCUCUGAGAAACGAGUACUUUGCUGCGACAUCAUGGAAGCAUCGCAAUCAGCAAGCCGUGGCGGAGAUGAAAAAAUGGGCAAGAUGGCGUCAGAUGGAGCUCUACGGUCGAACAUUUUGA